AUGUCUGAUCAAGACUCGAGCAUGCACUCCUCUUCGGACAUGGCUGCAGACGACGACGAGAUGUUCCCCGAUGAGGCGCUUCCAUCUACCCCGCGCAAUGCUGCUUCUCUCGUCUUGAACGCAGGCUCUGAGCUCUCUCCUCCCAACUCACAGGGCCCCGCCAACCUACCCCGCGGCGACAGCUUCACAGCAACGAUUGCCUCCAACGUGAACGAGAAUGGCAAGCGCCCUCUAUCACUGAAUCCAGCUUCGAAUUCGGGGGAAACGGGCGCGACGCAUCAAGAUCCCGAAACUGGAUAUCAGUGGUCAAGGGCAGAAGAUCAGCCAGGAUUCGAGUGGAAGAACCAGAGGGCGAGGGAGGAUGAGAUGAGGGCGCUGGAUCAGAUUAUCGACAAGGGAUCGCAGAUCAAGACUCGCUAUGGCGACCCUCUUGACGAGAGCGUCCCAGCCACGUUGAGGCGCUGA